CUCUCCCGGCGACUCAGAGCAGUAGAGUCAAACUCCAGCUUCAACAAUGGCGGAUCACCACAAUCAUCACCAACAACAUAGACCGAAUCGUCUUUCAUUGCCUGCCCGAUCAAUCGGAAGAGCUUACCCUUCGUUCCCAUACACUCCAACACCAACCCCUUCCAAAACCCGAACCAGAUCGAUCCAUGGAACCACUAAAUCCUCAAUUUCAUUUCUCCUCCUCAUCCUCUUCUCUUUGCGAUCCCUCUACUCUCUCCUCCCUUUCCUCCGCUCUUCCCCUUCCUUCUCUCUCUUCCCUUUCACCUUCCUCGUCUCCCUCCUCUCUUUCGUCUUCUCUCUCGCUUUCACUCUCUUCUCUCCCUCUAAGAAAGACUCAUUCCUCCGCCACAACCGCACCGUCUUCUCGAUUACGUUAUCUCAAACGAAGCUCAUACUCGCGAAAUCGGGGUUUCUAGCGGUCGUCUUCCUCCUCCGAUUCCAAGCUCUCCGUUACUGCAGCGCCGCUGCUAUGAUCUUGGCCGAGCUCUCCGGCACAGUCUCCGCCAGAGUCUUGUCGGAGUCUAGGAAUCAUCACGGCGGAGCUGGAUCGUCCAAGGUUCGUGGGUUUUGCAUUUUGUUCGCUGGGUUGUUGUUGUUAUCGAUCAGCUGGGAUCGUGUAGACUGCUUCCCUUUCUCUUCGUCAUCUGUAAAGAACUGCUUGAGAAUAUGGCCUAUGCUGCUUCCGUUUCUAUCUGGCUUCUUAGGCUGCUACGAGAAGGUUUCAAUGAACUGGGUCGAGAUCAAGCAGCUUGAUCAGAAACGGGUUCGUUUGAUAACCUUGUUUCUCACCACUGUGUUGCUGUUCCCGCUUGCUCUCUGGAGCUUUGUUGAAAGCGAUGAAGCUGGUGUCUCCUUUGGGAAUCUAGGUUGGCCUUUAGCUAACACUGUUGUGUUCGGAGUACUCUUGAGUGAGAGUUACAACGACGAUAAGUUGAAGAAAGACUCUGAGAGGGAGUUUCUCGUUACGUUUCUUUGCACUAUUGUUUUGGAGCUCUUCUACUUCCCUGAGCUUUCUCUUUGGGGACUGUUGCUGUGUGGUUUCUUGCUUUACGUUGCGGUUAGAGAGUUAGACUCUUCGGAUUAUCAAGAGAUUGGGAUGGAAUCUCCUGAGUCGUUCUCCACCGUGUUUAUGAAGCCUAUCCGCCAUAUUUUGAGUGAGAAGAAGUCUAGAAAGAUUGCGCUUUUUCUUCUGAUCAACACUGCGUAUAUGGUUGUUGAGUUUGUGGCUGGUUUCAUGAGCAAUAGUCUUGGGCUUAUCUCGGACGCUUGUCACAUGUUGUUUGAUUGUGCUGCUUUGGCGAUUGGGUUGUAUGCGUCUUAUAUCUCUCGUCUUCCUGCGAACCAUCAGUUCAACUAUGGCCGUGGGAGAUUUGAGGUUCUUUCUGGUUAUGUCAAUGCGGUGUUUCUCGUUCUUGUUGGAGCUCUCAUUGUGCUUGAGUCGAUUGAGAGGAUCUUGGAUCCUCAGGAGAUUUCUACUAGUAGUCUUUUGGUUGUUUCGGUUGGUGGGCUUCUUGUGAAUGUUGUUGGGUUGAUUUUUUUCCACGAGGAGCAUCAUCAUGCUCAUGGUGGAGGAUCUGGUUGCACACAUUCUCACUCGCACCAGUCUCAUAAACAUGAGGAGCAUCAUGAGCAUGAUCAUCAUCAGCAUCAUUCCCAUAGCCAUAAACAUGAGGAGCAUCAUGAUCAUGAUGAUCAUCAGCAUCAUUCCCAUAAUCACAAAAAUGAGGAGAGUCAUGAAUGCAACCACAACCAUGACCAUCAUCAUCAUUCCCAUAGCCAUACACAUCAGGAGCAUCAUGAAGACAACCACAGCCACGGGAACGACCAUGGCCAUCAUCACCAUUCUGAUCAUAAAUCCGCAAAAGGUGAGAUCAAGGAGCAUCACCACAUUGACCAUAACAUGGAAGGGAUCUUCCUUCAUGUUUUAGCAGACACCAUGGGGAGUGUUGGAGUUGUGGUUUCGACACUCUUGAUCAAAUACAAGGGCUGGUUGGUUGCAGAUCCAGCAAGCUCGAUCUUCAUCUCCAUCCUCAUCAUCGCUUCAGUCAUUCCGUUGCUCAGAAACUCUGCAGGGAUUCUACUGCAGAGAGUCCCCAAGGCUCACGAGCACGACCUGAGAGAAGCAAUGAGGAACAUCCUCAAGACGAAAGGCGUUUGCAGUAUCCAGAGACUACAUGUAUGGAGCUUCACGAACUCAGACGUGGUGGCUACUCUGCAUCUCCUUGUAUCAGAUGACUCGGACAAGACGGAUACUAAGUUGCAAGUCUCACGUUUGUUAGAAGAUGCAGGAGUCAAGGAUUUGACUUUGCAGGUUGAAUUUGUCAACUCAUAACAAUUGAUAUAGUUUUUGAGCGUUGUCACUGAACACACAAACAUCUAAAACUUGUUUCAAUGUUUCAAAAUAAAAUGUUUCAUUGAAGUU